GUUCCGAAGUUCCGAAUUUGAAUUUUCGAAAAUUUUCAUUUUUUCGUAGGUUCCGAAGUUCCGAAUUUGAAUUUUCGAAAAUUUUAUCUUUUUCGUAGGUUUCAUAGUGUCCGGACUUCUUGGUGUGAUUUAUGUCUGUGAUUUUUGUUUUCUUAUUAUAAAAGUUCGCAGUGAUUGCAAAGACAUUCAGUGAUAUUGUUACGAAAUGAACGGUGCUAAUACGACCUUCGAAAUGUCUAUCGUAGAUUCAUACAGAAGCUUUAUGCAGAAGAACAGCGAUCCAAGAACAGAGAAAUGGCUGCUCAUGUCGAGUCCUGGUCCACUGCUUACCAUCCUGGCGACGUACCUGUACUUCUGCACGUCAGUCGGUCCCCGCUACAUGAGAGACCGGAAGCCCUACCAGCUGAAGAACACCAUCAUCGCCUAUAACAUCAGUCAGAUCGUGCUUAGCAUCUUCCUGGUUUAUGAGGGGUUGGUUUCUGGAUGGUGGAAUGACUACGAAUUCUCAUGCCAGCCUGUCGAUUACUCCGAUAAUCCUAAAGCAAUAAGGAUGGCAAGUGCUGUAUGGUGGUACUUCAUGGCGAAGAUUAUUGAGCUGCUGGAUACAGUGUUCUUCGUCUUGCGCAAGAAAAACAGGCAGAUCUCAUUCCUUCAUCUCUACCACCACUUUAUGAUGCCUAUCUGCGCUUGGAUCGGAGUUAAAUUCUUGCCAGGUGGUCAUGGAACACUUCUGGGCGUGAUCAAUUCUUUCAUCCACAUCAUCAUGUACACAUAUUACUUGAUCUCCGGCCUGGGACCUCAAUACCAGAAGUUCCUGUGGUGGAAGAGACAUCUGACGACGUUGCAAUUGGUACAGUUCUUCAUCAUUCUAUACCACAACGUUCAAGUUAUGUUUGGUAGCUGCAAGUAUCCGAAGGGCAUCAACUUCCUCUUGGCUUUCAACGCUGGCCUUUUCAUCUACAUGUUCGGCAAAUUCUACAUCAGGAACUACCUCAAAUCCAAAAACAGUGGAGACAGUAAACCAAAAGAGAUCGCAGCCAAUGGAAAAGCAAAAGAUUGCUAGCAAAAGACUUUGAAUAAGUACAAUAUUAGAUUAUUAAAUUUAAGCCUAAGCAUUAUGUAAGAUAUUGUGAUAAAUGUUGUUGUUAUUGCAACACUUCUAGUAAGUUUAGUUAGUUAGCUUAGUACUGAACUUGAAUCAUGUAAUUUAUUCACUUUGUCAUCUGUUAUAAUAGUUCGGAUGAAGGUCUUUGUCCACUACAAUGUAACUGAAUCUAAUAAGGUACAAAUCAUAUCUAACGUAUAUAAAUUAUUGUUGUUGUUAUUGAACUCUUUUAGCCAUCCUAAUCCCUCUGUGCGAGUAAUUCUUUGACAGGUGAAUCCGUAGUUGGUAGUUAGCAUAGAAAACUUAAAAGCUUCUUCUGUAAGUAACAUGUAUGGAUGUGAAACGAAUACUAUACUCUUUCACUGUAAAGGCUGUACGUCGCUGGAAUGACUUGCCCCCCAAUAUACGUAAAGCUCGUAACAAACUUUUAUUUAGGGGAUUGGUUCGUGGGCACUAUCUCAAUAGCAUUAAACAGCGUUCUCAUAUUUUACUGACAUACGUAUGUAUUCUGUUAAGAGUAUUUGUAUCAUAGGUUUAUCUUAAUUUUGUCUUUAUUCAUAGCCCCCGUCAUAUUAGUUUUUUUUCUCACGCUCUUACUGGUCGACUGGUAGAGAAUGCUUUAUGGCAUUAUGUCCGCCAUUUGCUUUGUAAUUUUGUAAUAAAGUUUAAAUUAAUAAAUAAAUAGAUACAGAGAGGACAAAGACCUUAAUAUUAAACUAGAACAAGUAAAAAUUACAAGUGUGUUCACAAAUACAGAUCCGUUUCAAAUUAUUGUUGAAAACGAGUACCGUACUUAUACAUUGAAUGAAUGCAAAGAUGGCUGAAUCAGACAUUUUCAGAUUCUUUGUAAACAAAGGUUAAGAAAAUGUCUGCAUUAAUAUCUUUUUAACAUCUAAGUAAGAGAUAAUUAUGUCAGAUUUAAGAACAGAUCAUAAAAUACUGUCUAGUUGUUAUGUAUAAGUAUAGUAUUGAAUUGAAGUGUUUGGAACUACUUAAAAUGACAAAUAAACUGUAACUUAUACUCUCAAAUGCGUCAACUUUUAAGUUUGAUUGAAGUAUACGAAUAAAAAUGGUUUCAUGAUAACAACCAAUUAAUAUGCAUUACCAAAACUAAGGAACGUUUUUACAAAGAUUAAGGUAUGCGGCCUUAUUCUUGUAAGGUAUUCGUCUGUUAUGGUAUUAAAUAAUAAUAUAAAGUAUUGCUUUAUGGUUGCGCAAAAUAGUUGAUACUGAUAUUUAGAGUCAGCGCUAAGAAAACCUGUAACCAGAAAUUAUGAAAUAAAUCGUAAUAUUUGUUCAAUUUUCUAUCAAUUAAAAGUCAAUGAUAAAAAGUCAUAAUGCAAAAAGCCCUUUAAAAAAAAUAUCUGAAUAAAUAGAGACAUAAAAGAUGCAAAUGAAAUAAUUUAUUUUCAUGUGUUUAUAGAAAUUCAAACGUUGAACGUUUUUGAAUCGACAAUUGAUAUUACUAACAAAAAUAAUAAAAACGAGGUAAAAAUUUUGCAAUAUUUUAGAUUAAAAUAAUUUCAAAGUUCUUUGCCGCCCAAUGAUUUCUUAAAUAUAUAUAGGUACAUUUUAAUCGCUGAAUAAAAAAUAAUAUUUGUAAUUUAAACCCGCAGCAAUUUUUCUGUUCUGUGAUUAAGACAUGUUUUUAUAUCAAUGACAAUGUUAUUAUUGUAUUGAUCGCAAAAUUGUUAUAUUAUUCUCUGAAUAAAAUAUGGGUA